AAUUGCUCACCAAAACAUUCGUGCAAAGCAAAGCACGUUUCGUUGUUAUUUUGUGUUUACGUCAUGUAGAAUGGCCUCCAUUUCUUUGAUUUAGCACAUGGCUGUUUAUGAUUUGCUUCGUUUAAUGCUUGAUGCGUCCCAGUAACCAUUCGAAAGAGAAUUACGCAGUUUGUGCUUUUUGUGCUGCAUGGAGCCUUGUUUGGUUUAUGUAUAAGUUACACACCUUCAUAGGGUUGCAGCUCAGACUUUCUUUCUACUGCAUACAUAAGGCUUAAGGGACAGGAUUAAUUAAAAGCAGCAGUUGGGAAAAAGAGAUAUUUAAGUCAUUACAGAGUGUAGUUGAAAUAGUGGAGCUCUUAAUUUAAGGAGCAGCAGAACGACGUAACAGUAAUGUAAGCUGUUUGGAAAACAGAAGACUACCGGAUGAUUAUAGAACCUCUAUCCGUGCCAGCAUCAUAGAGGAAACAGAAUAAGCCAUCCAUCAUGAGUGUCAUUAUAAGACUGCAGAACCUUCCAUGGUCUGCUAAUGCCCUGGACAUCAGAGAGUUCUUCAAAGGACUCUCUAUUCCAGAAGGUGGCGUUCACAUUGUCGGUGGGGAACUCGGCGAUGCUUUCAUCGCAUUCAGUACUGAUGAGGAUGCAAGGUUGGCCAUGAGGAUGUCAGGUGCCAGCCUUAAAGGAAUCCAGGUUACUUUGUUGCUGUCAUCGCGCACCGAGAUGCAAAAGGUUAUUGAAGCUGCUCGACAACAAGCUAUGGCUCUCCAAGGUUACCAUGUUCCUCCUGUCAUCCCUUCACAGCCCCAGUCAGCCAGUGCUUCACCUGUCAAUCAACCACCAGUACAGCCAGUACCUCAACCUCCACAGCCUCAAAUGCAGCCUCCUCUGCAGCCUCCUCCGCAGGUUGUACCAGCACCAACACAACCUUUGGUUCCUCCACCCCAGAUGCCACUGCCAACCCAUUCACCUUACCAAAUGCAUGGCCUUACAAAUAAUUCUGAUGGUCAUCAGCCACUUCCUCCUAUGCCCCCUCAUAUGCCACUUACCCCUCCUGUCACAAUGCAGCAGUCCAUGCAGUCUGUGUCUAUGAUGGGUAAUUCACAGGAAUCUCCUUACAAUAAUAUUGGCAAUCAUGAGAACAAUGACCUCCAAGUUGUUAUGCCUAAAGAUGAUAAGAAAGAUGAUAAGAAACCAUCCUCCAGUUCAUCUUCCGCACCAAAGCGAGAUAGUAAGAGUCGUGACAGUCGUGACAGUCGUCGCCGAAGAACUAGAUCCAGAUCCAGAUCACGGUCAAGAUCACGUGAUCGAGACAGAGAUCGCCAUCGCCGCCACAGAAGUCGAUCGAGGUCACGUAGUCGCGAUCGUGGCAGCCGUAGCUAUCGCAGAAGCAGAAGCAGGGAUCGUGAUCGUUUUAGGGAUAAGACUAGGGAUCGUGAUCGUGGAAGGGAUCGUGACCGUGACAGGGAGCGUGGUAGUAGGGUUGGCCGUGAUCGUUCUGACCGCUCCAGUCAAGAUAGCAAUAAAACUUCUCCAGGAAAUGACUUGCAAAGUAAAGAUGUAGAAGUUAUAGGAGGGUCAGGGGGAAUACCAGGACUUGGAGAUAUUCCGAGUAUUAGCAUGAGGGGACCUUUGCCCAGUAGCCUUGCUGAGCCAAUUAGAAAUUCACCCAUACAGACUCCACCUGGCCCUGUUCCUCCUCCAGUUCCAUCUGCUUAUGGUGCAAAUCCACCUUUUAACAACAGUGCAUCACCUUUCCCUCAACAGAUGCCAUUUAGUAACAUAAAUGCUUCUCCUUCAAAUAUCCCAGCUCCUAAUACAAUUGAUACUCCUACUGAUAUGGAGUUAAUUGCUGAAGAUGAUGGAUCCCUUGACCAAGAAGCAUCAAAUGAAGUACAAAAUAACUCUCCUGCUCCUGAGUCAAUGGCUCCAAAGCCCCCAGUUGACUUUGUAGGUGCUCCAUUAGGUGGCCCAUUGGGAGGACCAGUGGAUGGCCCCAUGAGAGGUCCUGGUGAAUUUCCUGCAAGGUAUGGUGCUAUGCCUGGAGAGGCUCCUAUGCCUCCUCAGUUUAAUAAUAGAGGACCAAUGCCAAUGAGACCUGAGGGUUGUGGGUAUGAUGGGCAGCCAGGUCAUUUUCCUUCACAGGUAGAGAGCGGAAAUGGGCCUAAUCCUCUUCAGAAUUUUGAUCCGAGAACUCGCCCAGAGCUUGCACAGAGGAAUUGGGACCCCAGAGAUGGGAGUCCAAAUGAUCCAGCUAGAUUCAGAGGGGAAAGGGACAUGAGAGGAUUCAGAGGUGAGAAGGAAGUGAUGAACAGAGGUCCAGCGACAGAUAGAGAUCCUAGAGAAAAUAAUGAGAUGCGUGACAUGAGGGAAGAAAACGAUGGACGUGGAAACUGGGAUCCAAGAAGUAGGAUGGGCCGUAUGGAAGAUUUUGGGCCAGGAUGGGAAGGUUCAAAUAGGCAGGAAGGUUUGAAGGAGGCCUCAUGGAAUGGGAGAGGUCGACCAGGAAAUUUCCCUUCGAGGAAUGAACGUGAUGGCUUUGGGAAUAGGAAUGAACAGGAAUCCUGGCACACCCAAGACAACUGGGUUGGCCGGGAUGGUCAUGGAAGGGAUCAGGAAAGAUAUGGAGACGAUGGAGAAUAUGAUGAAAACUAUGGCUCCAGGGGAUACCGAGGAAGAGGAGGCCGUGGUUGGGACAGGGGUCGGGGAUGGGAACGAGGUCGAGGAGGCCGUGGUGGAUUCAGGCAUGGAGAAUACAUGGAUGGACACCAUGAUGAUGGUUAUGGAUCACAGCGUGGACCAGGCAGUUUCCGUGGACGCGGUCAGUCACGUUGGGGAGGACAGUAUAUCGACGAAACUUGUAGUGUGGAAUUGCACAAUGUUCCUUUGAAUGCCUCGUAUCGUGCUAUUCGUGAAAUAUUUCAGAACAUUUUUGUACCCAGCAGCAGCAUCAAGAUAAUAGGUGAUAAUCAUGGUAACCGUACAGAUGUUGCAUACAUUAGAUUUUCUCAGCCUCGAGAUGCCACUAGAGCAUUAAAAUUUUCUGGAAGUUAUAUAUUUGAUAACAGGAUAGAGAUUUCACUUUUGAGUGAGGCAAAGUAUGACUCUGAAGUAGAUGUAAAGUCAGGUGGGUCUUCAAGAAAUUUCCCAAAUGAAAGUCCUUGUGUUUACGUCACUGGCGUGCCAAUGGGUUGUACAGAGCAUAAUGUUGCUCAAGUAUUUGAAAAAUUUAAGAUUGAGGAUAUUGUCAUCGAGAGGUUAAGAGGUACCAGAACACCCUCAGGUGGUUGUUUUGUGCGACUCAUUUCUUAUGAUGAGGCUCAAAGAUCUAUUGCUGAACUAGCGAAUGCCUCUAUUGAUGGCAGUCCUCUGCUUAUUGAACUAUGCCCUCCUAGUGCUAUGGCUCCCGCUGUAAAAGAUAGAGAUAUGAUAGGUCAAGAAGUCAAGAAAAAGGAUGGUCCUCAAGAUCAGUCAGAUGAAGCACCUGUUGUGAAGCAGUCAAUUCCAGGUGACUUAUUGACUGACUCUGUUGUCAUAAAGAGAGUUCCUAAAGAUGUUACAGAGGCAAAUAUUAGAGACUUCUUCAGUGAUGAAGGACUUGUACCUGAACGAAUGCAUUUCUGUGAGCCUGGCACUAAUGGAGUGAGAGAGGUGUAUGUAAUGUUCCCUCUAAUUGAGGAUGCAAAACAAGCUCUUGGUAAGAAUGAACAGCAGAUUGGAAAGAUGAAAGUGUUGGUCGAGUUGAUAGCUAAACCUAUCGUUAUGAACGCCAUGGGUCUGGCUUUUGAUCCUCUUGAACUUAUCAAAAAAGGUCAGAAGGCUGGAAUAGGUGCCAAUGUCAAAGAGAAACCCAGCAUAAGCCUAGUCAGUAUUCCUCCAGAAGAUAAUGAUAGUAUGCUUGAUGAAGGCCAGGAUCAAAUGAUGAAGCAAGAUAAUUAUAUGGAGGGGGCAAUGAUGAACAUGCCUCACCCAAAUUCUUAUGAGGAACACCAACCUUUCAGAGGAAGAAUGGGUGGGCCAUAUGCAUCAGGAAGGGGAUUUAUGCCUCGUGGUGAAAUGAGAGGAAUGCACAGAAUGAUGGGGAUGCCAGGUCGCGGAGGUAUGGGAGAGUUUGGUCCUAGAAUGAGAGGGGCAUUGCUGAGGCCUCCUGCAGGUACUUCAGAGGAUAACUUUGGUACAGCUGUACCCCCUGAACAUUUUGGAAAGCCUGGCUGCGUAGUAGCACUUGGAAACUUACCCUAUCGUUGCACAACAGAUGACAUUCUGGACUUUUUACAUGAAUUUCCAGCAUUGCGUCCAGAGCACAUCAUCAGAAGGUACAAUGAAUUCAAUCAACCCACAGCUGAUGCUCGUGUAGCUUUUGCCACACCCCAAGAGGCCCAAAGAGUAGUACAGACUCAUCACAGACGGCCAAUGGAUAAUAGACCUAUAUUUGUUUCUCUUGUACAGAAGUAGAAAGAACACAGUCUUUGUUUAUAGAAAGUAUCUUUUUUGUUUUAUUAUAUGCAGUAUUGAAAAUACUAAGUAUUUUCAAGAGAAAGAUUAUUACAAUUACUGGAAGAAAAAUUAUUACAAUUACUUGAAAAAUUUGGAUGAUCCUCUAUUACAAUUACUUGAAGAAAGGUUAUUACAAUUACUUGAAAAAUUUGGAUGUUCCUCCUCUAAUUUCUUUCAGUUUAAAGCUUUUGUACCUGGAUAUUUUCAUAGUUCGUAUUUAAGGAAAGUCUUGAGAGGUGGAAGACUCAAAGAUAUUAAGAAAUUGAUGUACAUAUUCAGUUUUUUCAAUGGCUGUUUAAUUGAUAUGUCUAGGUUAUUUGAAUGGAGUUUUGUGUGUAUAAAGUACAUAGAAUAAAUUUUUUUUGUAUAA